GCUAUAAAAAUGGAACUUCGUCUAAUGAAAACUAGACAGCAACCAUGGCCUCAGCUAAGGUAGUGCUUUUCGCGGUUAUGCUCGUAGCCCUGAAGUGCGUCGUAGAAUGCCAAUACUACGGACCAUACGGCUACGGAUAUCCGGUCCCAUGUGGGUAUGACGAUGACGAUGACUUGAAGCUACUCCUCCCGAUCCUGAUCUUGGCUCUGUGCGGAAGAGACUCAGGCUUCGGAGGCUACGGAGGCUACGGUCCCCCUAUGCCGUACGGUAACGGAUGCGGCGGAUACGGAUGCGGUGGAUGCGGAUGCGGAGGGUGCGGUGGAUGUGGACGAUGCUAAGUUCUGACUUUCCAACCUCGAAGAGUUAACAAUAACAGUAAAAACGAUAUUAGAGCUACGGACGGUAUAAGUCUUGUGUUUUCUUAGGUAUAGAGCAUUAUCUUUCAAUCCAUAUGAAACGCUAUUACCAUGCUAAUUUUUGGGCAUACUCCAUAAUUGCCGCAGAUCUUUUCAUUUACAUUGCAUUUAAAGAUAGCUUUUCUGGGAAAGAUAACUUAAAAAAUAUACACUUGGGGCCCAGAUGUACAUAUACGGGGUAAAUAAAAUUACCAGUAAGCUCUUGGCCUUGUAAUUCCUAUUUUUAAAGCGAACAACUUUUGUUCUACGACUUUUCAUAAUUCUGUAUUAAUUUAUUCCAUACAAAAAAAUAUAUAAAUCAUGUUAUUUCUCUAAAGUGACAUUACACUGUGAAACGAAAUACAUGUCCCUGUUGCCAAACCGUUGCGAGCGCGCUGAUGACAAUAUUACAUUACAGAGUAGUAACAAGUGGAGUAUUUAUGUAAAGUAUUGUAAAUUGAAUAUUUCACCAACUAUAGAGUUUAAAAAAAAGUAGUACAAUAAUAGUUGUUAGUUUUAAUAUAAACCACUACAGAUGAGAGCUUUCUGGUAUUUUUAUUGAACCCUGUAUAAAGAUGACCGAUCCAACGUAUUUUGCCAAAUUUUUUGACUGAAAACUAGUUGAAAAAGCAACGCCAAAGUUCGUAAAAUAGUCAUUUAGGUCGCGUUUGUAGUCUUAUACUAAUCCUUAUUGUUAACAUUUCCUGUUGUUUCGAAAUUCGAAAUAUAUUUAAGAUUCUUAGAUUAAUAUUUGUCUACACCACCAUUUCAUUGAAAUACGUAAAUAAAUGUAUGUAUAUAAAAGAAAAAUUGGCAAGGCCGUCCAAUUUAAUCAUACAAUAAUAAAUAUGUUAUUGUAUUAUAAAUAAUAUCUACGGAGUGAAAAACUAAAGUGAUCCUGACAAACACUACCCAGUUUCUGAUAGGUAAAUCAAUUAUCAUUGAUCAAAUUCGCUAGCCAUUAAAUUUCUAAGUUGCAUUCUCGCAAUAGCAAUUAAUUAUUUUAAAAAAACUAACUUCAUUUAGCUAAUUUAUUAAAUUGGCUAACCGUAUGUUAGUGAAUUGAGGUGAUUGCGCUUAUAAAAAUGCACGAUUAUUGCUUUACCUAAAUUUAUUACUAUGUUUUGUAAGUAAUUCAGGUAUUGUGAAAUUCUCGAGUCGAGUUUCAAUAGGAAAAGUUGAAAACAAAUUGUUCUUUAUUUGUAUUUUUAUGUGUACCUUUAUGUAUAUUUUCAUUAUGAUAACAAAAUGAAUUUCAAUUUUAUCAAAAUAACCUUAGAGCAUAUAAGUUGAUUGUGAAAUCAACUAUCCUAUUCUCCGAAAGAUCUAUUGCCCGAUAGAUCUAGACAAAUGUAUUAUCUAAGAACACGACAUUAUAAAUCAAACUGUAUACGA